CCCUAAUUUUUUGAUUUUUUUUCCAUAGAAAGAUUAACCUUUGAUUGGCCCAGAAACACGUUUGAUUGAUUAUUUGUUCUUGUUUCUUUCAUAAAGUUUGCAUCUUUCAGAGGUUUUGAUCCGUGUUUCUUGAUUUAGGGUCAGAAUAUUGUGUGUUGUACGGAUUAGACGCGUCUGUGGAACUAAUUGUACAAAGAUUCUUGAACCCUUUUGAGACUGAUUAGUGUUUUCUGGGUUUGAGGCACCUCGAACGAUUGGAAUCACAUACCUUGUACCGACAAAGAUUUGAUCAAGAUUUACAUCUUGUUUCAAGAAUCCAGAGCAAACCCGUUGUAGCAGUUUCCAAGAAUCGAAAGAAUGGGUCUAUCGAGUCUUCCUGGUCCAUCAGAAGGAAUGCUAUGUGUGAUAUUAGUUAACACAGCAUUAUCUAUCUCCAUCGUCAAAGGCAUUGUUCGGUCGGUCCUUGGCAUAGUAGGAAUCCGUCUCUCGCCACCUUCAUCCUCGCCUUCCUCAGUGACUGCGUCUUCAGAGAAUCCAACUUCAGAGCCUUUCGAUUUCCGGGUUUGCCAGCCUGAGAGUUUCCUUGAGGAAUUCAGGAACCGGACUCCGACGCUUAGGUUUGAGAGCUUGUGCAAGUGCAAGAAACAGGCGGACAACGAGUGUUCGGUUUGCCUGUCGAAAUUCGAAGGGGAUUCAGAGAUCAACAAGCUAAAGUGUGGCCACUUGUUUCACAAAACUUGCUUGGAGAAAUGGAUAGACUAUUGGAACAUCACUUGCCCACUGUGUAGGACUCCUCUUGUUGUUGUGGCAGAAGACCACCAGCUUUCUUCUACUGUUUGGUGACUGCUUUUCACUGUAUAGUGCUUUUUUUGUUUUUUUGUUUGGGUGUGUUUGUUUAUGUACAGCUACUUUACUAUGAAUUAGGCUGCGUCGCGGUUGAUUGUCGAACAGAUUUAGACCGGGGAUGGGUAAUCUGAUGUACAUAUCUUGUGAGUUAUAUAUAUACACCCAUGUGUAAUGGAGCUCUUGUGUGAACAUAGUUUUCAUGUAUCUAUGUGAGUGUGUGUGUGGAUUAAGGCCUCAGGUUUACAAAGUCGUA